CCUCUUUAAUAGCUUUCUUCCCACUCAAACUCCUUUUUCAAUAUGAACAACAAAUUACUUUCGUUUUCUCUCCCAUUUCCAUUUUUUCUUUUCCUAAUUAGAGCUGAAUCAUUCGUAUUCUUCUUCUCUAUCAACAUCCUCCUGUCGUCGAACUAUAGAUCAUGGAUAAUCGAAAACCCUCACCCUCGUCCUCCCCUCCAUCGACUCUGAACAGUGCAUCAGAUGAUCCUCUAUCGAAAUGGCAUCUUACUCCGAAGAUCCAAGAAUCAUACCAAAGAGACCUUGACUCAGGACUCAAACCACGCAAGCUUGGUGUCACCUGGAGCAACCUAACUGUGAACGCAAUCAGUGCGGAAGCGGCUGUCAAAGAGAACUUCAUCUCUCAAUUCAAUGCCAGCACACGCCUGGGAUACUAUCGGCACAAACCUCCCUUAUCAACCAUACUUGACCAAUCCCACGGCUGUGUGAAGCCCGGUGAAAUGUUGCUUGUCCUCGGUCGACCAGGCUCCGGAUGUACAACCCUCCUCAAGAUGCUUGCCAAUAGACGAGCGGGGUAUCACCAGAUUGAUGGUGAUGUGACUUUCGGAAGUAUGGGCCACGAUGAAGCAAAGAAGUAUCGAGGUCAAAUUGUUAUGAAUACCGAAGAAGAGAUCUUUUUCCCAACCCUGAGUGUUGGGGAGACUCUUUCAUUUGCCACGAGAUCAAAAGUUUCCAAUAAUUCAUUCGACUCCUCCAAGAAAGACCAAUAUACCGAAGAGACGGACUUUCUGAUGGAGUCCCUCGCAAUUCCUCAUACCAAAGACACGAAAGUUGGUAACGAAUAUAUCCGAGGUGUCUCAGGCGGCGAGAGAAAACGUGUUUCGAUCCUGGAAUGCCUUGCCUCCCGGGCUUCUGUUUAUUGCUGGGACAACAGUACUCGAGGACUCGAUGCUAGCAACGCACUAGAAUGGGCUAAAGCGGUUCGUGCAAUGACUGAUGUCUAUGGGUUGUCUACUAUCGUUACCCUUUAUCAAGCAGGCAAUGGCAUCUUUGAUCUGUUUGACAAAGUUCUCGUACUUGACGAAGGAAAAGAAAUUUACUACGGACCGAAGAAGAACGCAAAACCGUUCAUGGAAAGUCUCGGCUUUCUCUGCGAUGAUGGUGCAAAUAUUGCCGACUUCUUGACUGGAGUUACUGUUUCUACCGAGCGCCAAAUUCGGCCUGGCUACGAAAACUCGUUUCCUCGAGACGCUGCCUCAAUUUUGUCACAUUAUCGCAGAUCUACCUUAUACAGGGAUAUGAUUACGGAGUACGACUAUCCAAUGACAGAAUUAGCUCGAAAUAACACGAGAGACUUCCUGGAGACAGUCUCUUUGGAAAGAUACUCUGGCAAGAGCGAGUAUACAGUCAGCUUCUUUACACAAGUCUGGGUGUGUGUGAUCCGCCAGUACCAAAUUAUUAAUGGCGAUAUGGUCACCUUUAUAAUGAAGCAAAGCUCAAAUGUUGCUCAGGCACUCAUCGCCGGCUCUCUUUACUAUAUGGCUCCGAAUGACUCCUCCGGUAUCUUCCUCAAAGGAGGAGCACUUUUUUGGUCUGUUCUAUACAAUAGCAUGACCAUGAUGUCCGAAGUAGUCGAUUCUUUUACAGGGCGGCCGAUCAUUCUUAAACACAAAUCCUUCGCUUACAUUAAGCCAGCCGCUAUUUGUCUCGCUCAGAUAACAUCAGAUAUUCCUACUUCCCUUCUCCAGGUCACUGUUUGGUCAUUGGUUGUAUAUUUUAUGACCGGUCUAACGUCUUCUGCGUCUUCCUUCUUCACCUUUUGGAUCGUGCUUUUUGUCACGAACAUGUGCUCCUGUUCCCUAUUUCGAGCAGUUGGUGCUGUCUUUGGAUCUUUCGAUGUUGCUUCUCAGGUCUCUGGCUAUGUGAUUGGUAUCAUGGCGAUGUAUUCAGGAUAUCAGAUCCAUACCACUCAAAUGCACCCAUGGUUUGGUUGGUUAUUUUGGCUUAACCCACUUGCAUACGGAUUUGAAGCCUUGAUGGGAAACGAGUUUCAUUCAAAGCAGUUGAACUGUGUCGGGACAAACUUGAUUCCUCACGGGGAGGGUUAUCCUGCCAAUGGUCAGUUCACAUCUUGUGCUGGUGUCGGAGGAGCUAAACAAGGAGCCACAUCAGUCUCCGGGGAUGAUUACUUGAGCUCGCUGUCUUACAGCCAUGCGCAUGUCUGGCGAAACUUCGGUAUUCUGUGUGCGUGGUGGAUAUUUUACAUCGGACUCAAUAUCAUCGGAGUGACUCGUUGGCGUGACAGCUCUGAAUCAGGCGCUCAGCUUCUCGUACCUCGUGAGAGGUCUAAAGUUAAUUCAAAGGCUCUUGCAAAUGACGAAGAAUCUCAAGUCACUCAGACAGGCAAGAUCAAUGAGAAAUCACAUGAUAACACGACCUCCUUUGCACAGCAACUUUCUCCUAACACGUCUGUUUUCACUUGGAAGAAUUUGACUUACACUGUGAAAACGCCUUCAGGCCCUCGAGUUUUGCUUGAUAACGUGCAAGGAUGGGUGCGACCUGGAACUCUGACCGCACUUAUGGGUUCCUCUGGCGCGGGAAAAACGACACUUCUCGACGUAUUAGCCCAGAGAAAAACAGAGGGCAAAAUUCAAGGCUCGAUCUUGGUAGAUGGGCAGCCUCUGUCUGUUUCUUUCCAGCGCUCUACCGGCUAUGUUGAACAGCUCGAUGUUCAUGAGCCUUUUGCUACUGUUCGCGAAGCACUCAAUUUCUCUGCUAUGCUGCGACAAUCUCGCGAUACUCCGGUCGCUGAGAAGCUCAAAUAUGUCGAUAUCAUCAUUGAUUUAUUGGAACUGGGAGAUAUUGCAGACACGUUGAUAGGAAAGCCUGGGACAGGAUAUGGUCUUAAUGUCGAACAAAGAAAGCGUGUCACGAUUGGUGUGGAGCUUGUUUCAAAACCAAAGAUCUUGAUUUUUCUUGAUGAACCAACAUCGGGCCUGGACGGUCAGUCGGCUUUCAAUACGGUUCGAUUUUUGAGGAAACUCGCCAACUGUGGACAAGCUGUUCUAGUCACCAUUCACCAACCAUCUGCGCAACUGUUCGCACAGUUCGAUCGACUUCUGUUACUACAGCGUGGUGGAAAGACUGUGUAUUUUGGGGACAUCGGCAAGGGUUGCCAGACUCUCAAGAGUUAUUUCGGACGUUAUGGCGCUCCUUGUCCGUUGAAUACAAACCCAGCUGAACACAUGAUUGAUGUUGUGUCUGGUCAUACAUCAGACAAUGAUUGGCAUCAAAUAUGGCUGGAUUCACCUGAGCACACAAGCACAAUCAGUACUCUGGAGUCUUUGCUGAGUACCCCUCAAGAGAAGGGUUCAGCUCCAGAAGACAACUUUGAAUAUGCCACGCCACUCCUUUAUCAAACCAAGAUUGUUCUGCGACGUAUGAAUCUUGCAAUUUUCCGGAAUACAGGCUACAUUAACAAUAAGAUCAUGCUUCAUAUUGGUCUCGGUCUGUUCAACGGAUUUACUUAUUGGAAGAUUGGGGACUCUGUCGGUGAUCUUCAAUUGAAAUUAUUCACUGUCUUCGUGUGGAUGUUCGUUGCACCUGGUGUCAUCAACCAACUCCAACCAUUGUUUAUCGAGAGACGCAGCCUUUACGAUACACGAGAAAAGAAAGCCCGGAUAUAUUCUUGGAAAGCUUUCGUGUCAGCUCUUAUUAUCUCUGAAACCCCUUACCUGUGUUUAUGCGCCGUUCUCUAUUUUGUAUGUUGGUACUAUACUGUUGGAUUCUCCAGUGAUUCGGAUAAAGCAGGUGCAAGUUUCUUUGUUGUUCUUAUUUAUGAAUUUCUCUAUACGGGUAUCGGGCAAUUCAUCGCGGCAUUUGCACCUAAUGCAGUUUUCGCGGCCCUGGCCAAUCCCCUCAUUGUUGGUAUAAUGGUCUCUUUCUGCGGCAUCUUGGUACCUUAUGGGCAGCUCGUGGUAUUUUGGAAGUACUGGAUUUACUGGCUCAACCCAGUGACGUAUCUCGUUGGAGGUAUGCUGACUUUCACUACAUUUGAUGCCGAUGUAGUUUGCACUGAGAGCGAACUUGCCGUGUUUAACCCUCCUGACAACAUGACCUGUGGAAGCUAUUUGGAAAGCUAUCUGCAAAGCUCCGGGGCGAACCUGCUCAACCCUGAGGAUUCUAUGGCGUGUCGAGUGUGUCAGUACACAAAAGGUAGCGAUUAUCUCAGAACCAUAAACCUGCUCGAUUGGUAUUUUGGCUGGAGAGAUGCUGCAAUUGUCAUUAUUUUCAUCCUCAGCUCAUAUUCCCUUGUCUACUUGUUCAUGAAGCUGAAGACCAAGUCGUCAAAGACGGCGAGUUGAGUACUAGACUUUCUUUUACUUUUGAGUUUCCUUUGUUGUUUUCUUGCAUGUCCGGUUUCAUUUGCUGUUCAAUUUAAAUUGUAUUUAUGGAACAUCCAA